AUGGACGACGAUGUUUUCGGCCCUGAAUCAGACCUGAGCGACGCCCGACCUCAUCCAGUUGACCGCAGCUCUUACAUGUCAGCAGAGUCUCAAGACACACUAAACGAAGGCGACCCCGAUGACUACGACAAGUUCGAGCACUAUGGUCCUGCUCCAUCCGGCGCCCAGGAAAGAAGAGGUGUUCGUGCUCCUCAAAUGGCGAGGAAAGAGGUUCAGCUCAUCAACGGUGAACUGGUGCUGGAGUGUAAGAUCCCGACAAUUCUGUACAGUUUCUUACCACGACGCGGUGAGGUUGAGUUCACUCACAUGCGUUAUACCGCUGUCACAUGUGACCCUGACGACUUUGUUGAAAGAGGCUACACAUUGCGACAAACCUUUGGCAAGACAGUCAGAGAGACAGAACUGUUUAUCUGUGUCACUAUGUACAACGAAGAUGAGAUCGGCUUCACCCGAACCAUGCACGCUGUGAUGAAGAACAUCUCACACUUCUGUUCCCGUACACGCUCUCGUACCUGGGGUGAGACUGGAUGGCAGAAAAUUGUCGUUUGUAUUGUUUCAGACGGUCGUGAAAAGAUUCACCCUCGUACCCUAGAUGCUCUCGCUGCUAUGGGUGUUUACCAGCACGGUAUCGCAAAGAACUUCGUCAACAACCGUGCUGUGCAGGCUCACGUUUACGAAUACACAACCCAGGUCUCUCUCGACUCCGAUCUCAAGUUCAAGGGCGCUGAAAAGGGCAUUGUUCCUUGCCAGAUGAUUUUCUGUCUCAAGGAAAAGAAUCAGCGUAAGCUCAACUCGCACCGUUGGUUCUUCAACGCAUUCGGCCAAGCUCUCAAUCCCAACGUCUGCAUCUUGCUAGAUGUUGGUACCCGUCCCAGUGGUACAUCGCUGUACCAUCUGUGGAAGGCUUUCGAUACCGACUCCAACGUCGCUGGCGCUUGUGGAGAGAUCAAGGCUAUGAAGGGCAAAUACGGCCGCAACCUACUCAACCCUCUCGUUGCGUCUCAGAAUUUUGAGUACAAAAUGUCCAAUAUUCUUGACAAGCCCCUUGAGUCCGUCUUUGGCUAUAUUACUGUCUUGCCUGGUGCUCUGAGUGCGUACCGAUACCACGCGCUUCAGAAUGACGAGACCGGCCAUGGUCCUCUCAGUCAAUAUUUCAAGGGUGAAACUCUGCAUGGCCAGCAUGCUGAUGUCUUCACUGCCAACAUGUACCUCGCUGAAGAUCGUAUCCUCUGUUGGGAGUUGGUUGCCAAACGUAACGAAAGAUGGGUCCUCAAGUACGUUAAGGGAUGUACUGGUGAAACCGAUGUGCCUGAUACUGUUCCCGAGUUUAUCUCUCAGCGUCGUCGAUGGCUCAACGGUGCUUUCUUCGCUGCCGUUUACUCUCUCGUCCACUUCAAGCAGAUUUGGUUCACAGAUCAUACUUUCGCCCGCAAGAUCCUCUUGCACGUGGAGUUUCUGUACCAAUUCAUUCAGCUCAUGUUCACCUUUUUCUCACUGGCCAACUUCUAUCUCACUUUCUACUUCGUCGCAGGUGGUUUGACAGAUCCGAAGAUCGAUCCUUUCGGGCAUAAUAUUGCUACUGUCAUCUUCCACAUUCUACGGUACUCGUGUGUCCUCCUCAUAUCAACGCAGUUCAUCCUCUCGCUCGGUAAUCGACCCCAAGGUUCCAGGAAGCUGUAUCUUGCAAGUAUGAUUAUUUACAGUAUCAUCAUGAUGUACACGACGUUUGCAACAUUCUACAUCAUCAUUCGUCAACUCACAUCCAAAGACGACGACAUAAAGAUGGGUGACAACGUCUUUACCAACAUGAUUGUAUCUAUAUUAUCGACGAUCGGCAUGUAUUUUAUCAUGUCAAUGUUGUAUCUGGAUCCAUGGCACAUGAUCACAUCUUCGGCACAGUACUUCAUUCUUCUUCCCAGUUACAUUUGCACCCUGCAAGUAUACGCCUUCUGCAACACUCACGACGUUACCUGGGGUACCAAGGGUGACAACGUCAUGAAGACUGAUCUUGGCGGUGCUGUGGGUAAGGGUGAGACUGUCGAGCUGGAAAUGCCCAGCGAACAGCUCGAUAUCGACAGUGGAUACGAUGAGGCUCUGCGUAACCUCCGCGAUCGUCUCGAAGUCCCCGAGCCUCCCCCAAGCGAUUCCCAAUUGCAAGAGGAUUACUACAAGAGUGUCCGAACCUACCUGGUCCUCACGUGGAUGAUCGGCAACGGUAUUCUCGGCAUGGCUGUGUCUGAAAUCUACAGUGCCAGAGGCAUUGGCGACAACUACUACCUGCGCUUCCUUCUCUGGUCGGUCGCCGCCCUUGCUGUCUUCCGUGCCGUCGGUUCCACCACCUUUGCCAUCCUUAAUGUGAUCAAUAUGAUAAUCGAAGGCCGAGUGCGUUUGACACUCAAGGCCCCUCGAUGGUUUGGCGGCGUGAAGGACAGAGUCAGCGACAAGAUGAGCAGCGUGUCAAGCAACCUACGCAAUUGA